AACUGAGGAUUUUUGUGGUUUGAGUGUAAAGAGAGUGCCAUAUCAAAGAUCAAUAGCUCCUGUGUUUCUGCUUAUAUUUCUAGGUUUUCUGAACAUCUCCCUUUUUUGAUUCCUCCCUUUAUUUCCAAGAAUUUUCUAGGGUUGUUGCUGUUUGAUUUCCUAGAAAAUUUUGGAUUGUUUUAAUGUUUUUCCUCCUUCCUUUGCACCUGAAAAGAUGAAACUUUUUUAUGGGAUUAUGGGCUGCUAUUAUUAAUUUCUUCUAAAUUUAUUUUUUCUGCAGAAAGGCUGAAACUUGUUUUGUUUCCCAGAGAAUUUAGGCAAUUUUCUUUCUGGGGAUUUCUUCUUUUCUCUUUCCUUUGAGCUUUUAAGACCUUCCUCAUGGGCUGCCAUAAUUAAUAUUUUCAAAAUUUGUAAUUUUUAUUUACAAAUGUUGAAACUGUAGCAAUAGCUACACACUGCGUAGCUACUCAAUAAAUAUCUGGGGACUUUGCUCAAUUUUGUAAGAAGAUGGUGAGAGUGAACGAUCUGAAAAAAAAAAAAAAAGAUAGUGAGAGGAAAAAUUGUGAUGAAAAAGAUCAAGAAUGCAGCAACCAGACUAGUGGCCUUCUCCAAGCGUCCAAACGGGCUGCUUAAGAAGGCUUUUGAGCAAUCUUUUCUCUGUGAUGUCGAUGUUGCAGUUAUAUCUUCUCACAAAAAGGAAAACUUUAUGAGUUCUCAAGCUCCGACAAAGAGAACGCCAUUGAACUGUACUCUAUGCAUACUAAAGAAAUUCCAACUCACAAGCCUGAAAUGGAACAACACAUGCAGGAAGUUGUUGGGUCAAGGAUUGGGCUAAUGUUCUGUUAAGGAGCUUCAAGAGAUUGAUAGAGCGCUUUCUAGCUUGAAAAACAUCAGGGCAAGAAAGAGAAUUUGCACCGUUAUUGGACCCUUGUAGACGUACAACAGCCACAUUUCCUCAGACUGGCCUCCUCCUUUGGUUAUACUCAUAGAUAGAGCAGCAACCCACAUUACUUCAACAAUUUAAGUGGUCCAAGGUCUCCUCUAUGAUGUGGGAUUGAAGUCUCUAAUAUAUCCUGUACUAGAUUCUUCAUUGUGCCUUCUACCUACAUGUCCAGUUGUUUAAGGAGCAAUUAAAGGAAUUAAAGGCCAAGGUAACAAUAACUCCCUUUGUUGAAUUAAGCAUAUAUUACUUCAGUCUUCUAGCUGAGAGAUUGUUGUUAGAAGAAAAUGUGAAGUUAUGCCAAAUGGUGAGCCUUUAAUUUUCAAAUCUUGUAGUUAUUCUUUUACUUAUAAAAAAAUUCCCACAAUUUGCCAUAGAAACUAACACUACAUUGCAAAAGCUAGGUUGUUGGAUGAUAGGGGCUAUCCUACAAUGAAGACCCCCUCAUCCAUUGAUCAAUAUUUUACAAUGUGGUAUAAUAUAGAUUGCAAAACACUAUUUUAAAAGAAAAUAAAUUAUCUAACUCUUUUGAUAUGGAUAAUAGUGUGGUGGUAGGAGUCAUGGCAACAAUAACUAAUCUAACAAAGGAAAGCAAUAAGCGAUUGCAUCCAAGAUAAUCAAUGUGCAGAAGUUGUGACAAAAUUAUCAAACUACAAUAAAACCAUUAAUAUCAACUGUCUGAAUUACUUUACUGUUGAAAUUAUAGUGCUGCCCCAAAUAAUGUUAUAUGUUUGGUGUAUCUUGUUAGUUAGUGCACUACCUUUCUCUUAAAUUUUUUCUUCUUUAAUUGUAUAUACACACAGAACUGACACCCGCCUCGUCACACAUGCAGUAUAGAGGAAAAAAUAAUGUUUUAUCCUGAUAAAUGCUUAUUCUUAACUUGUCUUGAUGAGUAGUUUGAAAUUUAGACCUGUUUUUGUAAAAACACCCCUUUGAAGUACGAUCACCCUUCUCCAUUUCUCCCUUGGCCUUCACCUAUAGCAUCGAUGUCGAGCAGGCAUUGAUGACAUGUGCCCUAUCCUCCCUUUCUUCUUCAUGUGACUUCUUUUUUUAUCACUAUCUUCUCCACUUCUCCCCUUCUUGAUUUCGUAAUGUGCCGACCUCGUUCAGCAAAGGAAUCUAAAUAUGGGUUUCCACCCAUCUUCUUCUUUAGAAGUCACCUUCCUUCUCUCAAAUCUAUUCAUCUCCUCUUCUUUCUUCAGAUCUGGGCUCUCUUAAAUUUUGUUUAUUUUCAGUUUUUUUUCUCAUCAUUUGUUUCUAGUUUUCUUUGUUGGAUUUUGUUUGUUUUUAGUGAAGACAAAAGAGAAGAAGUGUAGAGAGAAUGGUGAAGACGGAGCUACAAAUUUGGUGGCAAAGAAAAGGUGUUUGGGGUUAAAAUUGAUGAGAUUUCCAAUCGAAAGCCUCUUGUUUCAUUUCUGCAAGUUUUCACUGCCAACCUCAUUCUCGCUACAACAGAACAUAAGGCAGCUAGUUGAGAAACAAGAAUCUAGGUUCUAGUUAUUAUCUGUGUGGAACCAAGACUAGAGCAUAGCUGGGUGAAUGGCUGUGGGGUUAAGAUAUUCGUCUCCUAUUCCUAAUUGACCUAUAAAUAUAUUUUUAAAAG